CAUCUAAUCAUAUUAAGGUUCCUAUUCAAAUACUUAAUUUGGUGAGACCAAACCACACAAUCAUCUUUACAUAGGACCACGGGUUUCCUUUUUUAUUUUCUUUCUCUCUUAUCUUUUCUGGUACAAUCAGGGGACCAUAUUAAUUAAAGUAGAAAACAAACACACACGUCUGUGUUAUGAAUUAUGUGUAUCAAUUCUUCCCUCGUGUACAAUUUGUAAGGAGUCAUCAUCGCUAUUGCUCAUCAUGUAAUCAUGCUUCUACAUUUCUCUAUAUAUAGGUGUUGUGCAUACAAAUUGUGAAGGUUUGGAAUUGAUCUGAAAUAAAGAGAUGGAGGAAGAAAGUGAGAUGAAAGAAUCAAAGUUUAAGAGGAUUUGUGUUUUUUGUGGUAGUAGUCCUGGUAACAAGAGUAGCUAUAAAGAUGCUGCUAUUGAGCUUGGAAAUGAGUUGGUGUCAAGAAAUAUUGAUUUGGUUUAUGGAGGAGGCAGCAUUGGUUUGAUGGGGUUGGUUUCUCAAGCUGUUUCUGAUGGAGGUCGACAUGUGAUUGGGGUUAUUCCAAGGACAUUGAUGCCAAGAGAGAUCACUGGAGAGACAGUGGGAGAAGUGAAGGCAGUAGCAGGCAUGCAUCAAAGAAAAGCUGAGAUGGCUAAGCAUUCUGAUGCUUUUAUUGCCUUACCAGGUGGCUAUGGGACACUUGAGGAACUUCUUGAGGUCAUAACUUGGGCUCAGCUUGGCAUCCAUGAUAAACCAGUGGGGUUGUUGAAUGUAGAUGGCUACUACAAUUCUUUGUUAUCUUUCAUUGACAAAGCUGUGGAGGAAGGCUUCAUUAGCCCUAAAGCUCGUCAUAUAAUUGUAUCUGCACCAUCAACAAAAGAGCUUGUCAAAAAGAUGGAGGAAUAUUCUCCACAACAUGAAAGAGUUGCAUCUAAGCAAAGUUGGGAAACUGGGAAGCUGGAUUAGUCCUCACAUGGAGACAUCUCAAGUUGUGGUUAGAUGAUGAAGAAAGUGUGAAUUAGAAACGGUUGUUAGUUUUAUUUCCUCAAGCCAUAAUUCUUUAUUAUGUUCUAGUUUUUUUUUUUGUUAGUGUGGAUUAUGGACUACAAAACUGAUUUAAUCUAGCUGUGAUGCAUAGCUACUUUGUUAAAUGUGAAUUCUUGUUUUUCAAGGCUUAAUUUUUUUGCAAAAAAA